ACCAGGGUCCUUUAAUGGGUCCUAUGGAUGGGCGCAGUGCCUAAAAUAUAAGAUGAACAAUUUCAGAAGCAAACUUCAAGGUCUCAGCUGCCCUGAAGUUGAAGUGAACUCACUCAAGAGGAAAACAACACAUGACCAGUAUCCGGCAAAGAAUGUGAAAAAACCAAAGAAGGCUGAGGUGAACUACCUACCCCCUCAUGCUCAAGGUGAAACUACGGCAAGUUUGGAAAAAGAGAGAGUCGAGCUCCUAAGUGAAGUGAUGAAAAGGGACAACUCCAAGGUGGUAGCUCAGAAAAUGGCCAAGACGUUCAGCCUUCGUCGGGAGGAAAUAGUGAAAGAGGCCCCUGCCAUCAGUGACUUCAUGAAGCGCUGGCCUGCACUUUUUAGUGAGGCACAGAUAAGUGAAGAAUUCAAGAGGAUAACAACAGUCAGCCUUGAAUCGACCUUUCUGGCCAAGCUUGACCAAUGCACCCCGAAACUGAUGGCCUUGACCCAAUCAAAAGGAGGAGCUGCAGGCCUGAAGAUAAAGCACAUUAAGGACAUGCUUCUUGAGGACAACACAGUUGAAAAGCGCAGAGAAAUUGCCAUUCGCUGCCUCAUAGUCUAUCUUGGAGAGAAGGAGGAGGACCUUUUCAAACAGUACCGCGAUGUGGAGGAGCUCGACGCAGACCUUGCAAUGCAAGUGAUGAAGAUUGUCAUUAUUGGUGAUGGGCACGCAACCAUCGUAGUCGAGGGAACCAAGAUCCUGCAGGGGAUUGAUGUCGCCAGAUCCUGUGCUUUGCUGAUGGGAGUAAUCUAUGCUCUUAACCUUAGCUAUCCCAAGCGCUUGAAAUUUACCUUUGAGGUAUUCCAGAAGCUAUGCCUUGAGCUCGAUGGACAAAAAGCCAGCUCUAAAGUAAUUAAUCUCAAGUACGGUAUUUUCUAGAGCAGACUUGAUCGACCUUGCGUGAGGGAGAGGCUCACAUCACUCACACACACACACACUCACACACACAACUCGCUUGUUCUUUUUUUCUGAGAUAGUAUGAAUACCUACUGAGUGAAAACCAAAUCAGUGUAA